AUUCCCGGCUCCAGAGCCCCUAGUCGCGGCGGCGCAGCCUUUCCCACCGCGGAUCCUCAGUGCUCAUGGGGCAGGCGGAGACAAGCUUGCAGCACUGAGCCGAACGGGACCAGUCCGUGAUGUCCAGCACCAAACUGGAGGAUUCCCUCUCUCGUCGCAACUGGUCAUCUGCUUCAGAGCUGAAUGAAACUCAAGAGCCGUUUUUAAAUCCCACGGACUAUGACGACGAGGAAUUCCUGCGGUACCUGUGGAGGGAAUACCUACACCCGAAAGAAUAUGAGUGGGUCCUGAUCGCAGGGUAUAUCAUCGUGUUCGUUGUGGCUCUCAUCGGGAACGUCCUGGUCUGUGUGGCAGUGUGGAAGAACCACCACAUGAGGACAGUCACCAACUACUUCAUAGUCAACCUUUCCCUAGCAGAUGUGCUUGUGACCAUCACCUGCCUUCCAGCUACCCUCGUUGUUGACAUCACUGAGACUUGGUUCUUUGGACAGUCCCUCUGUAAGGUCAUUCCUUAUUUACAGACUGUGUCAGUGUCUGUGUCUGUUCUUACGUUGAGCUGCAUUGCCUUGGACCGAUGGUACGCCAUUUGUCACCCUUUGAUGUUCAAGAGCACAGCCAAACGGGCUCGAAACAGCAUCGUUGUCAUCUGGAUCGUCUCCUGCAUCAUAAUGAUUCCUCAAGCCAUUGUCAUGGAGUGCAGCAGCAUGCUCCCUGGCCUAGCCAAUAAGACCACCCUCUUUACAGUAUGUGAUGAACACUGGGGCGGUGAAGUUUACCCAAAGAUGUACCAUAUCUGCUUCUUUCUGGUGACAUACAUGGCACCUCUGUGUCUUAUGAUAUUGGCUUAUCUCCAAAUAUUCCGUAAACUCUGGUGCCGACAGAUUCCCGGAACUUCUUCUGUGGUUCAGAGAAAAUGGAAGCAGCAGCAGCCGGUUUCUCAGCCCCGGGGGUCCGGACAGCAGAGCAAGGCUCGGAUUAGCGCUGUUGCUGCUGAGAUAAAGCAGAUCCGAGCACGAAGGAAAACAGCCCGGAUGCUCAUGGUUGUACUUCUGGUCUUUGCAAUUUGCUAUCUACCAAUCAGCAUCCUCAAUGUGCUAAAGAGAGUAUUUGGGAUGUUCACACACACGGAAGACAGAGAGACUGUCUAUGCUUGGUUCACUUUUUCUCAUUGGCUUGUAUAUGCCAACAGUGCUGCAAACCCAAUUAUUUAUAAUUUUCUUAGUGGAAAAUUUCGAGAGGAAUUUAAAGCUGCCUUUUCUUGUUGUCUUGGGGUUCAUCAUCGCCAAGGAGACCGCCUCGCCAGGGGACGCACGAGCACAGAGAGCAGGAAGUCCCUGACCACACAGAUCAGCAACUUUGACAAUGUAUCAAAACUCUCAGAGCACGUGGUGCUCACCAGCAUAAGCACACUCCCAGCAGCCAACGGGGCAGGACCGCUUCAAAACUGGUAUCUACAGCAGGGAGUACCAUCUUCACUCCUGUCCACCUGGCUGGAGGUCUGAGAGAAGAGGCCCGAGCAUCCUUAUGGAAUCUCACCCAUGUCUGCUCAAAGAGAUAACAGUUUACAAAACAAUUGCCACUGUGUUCUUAGUAUGAUGUUAAAGAAGAUGGACUUUAAGGCACGUAUGCGCUUUAUACAUGACCCGGAUGACUUGAGUUUUCAUUUACUAAAGUUUCCGUUUUGUGGAAGCCAUUCAUGUUCAAGAAUAAUUGUUGCCUGGAAGAAAACUGAUGAAUAAGACACAUGCAUAAAUGAUGCGGGGGAUGGAAUCAUGAACCGUGUAUAUACUUCUCAGCAUUAGGGCCCGGGAAUCCUGAGAGAUUUGAAUUAAUGUGGUGACCUUCAUAGGACAAACGGUUAAAAGAUAGGAGGCCCCCAAACCUAGCAAUGGUGUUGGGGUGCUUAACUACUUACUUCAUUGUGUGCUAACGAUGCAAAUGAGAAGACUUCAUAGGAAAGUUUUGCUUUAGAACUGAGCAAUGCUGAACAUUGGACAUUGACCUACCUUUAUUUCCUUUGUAUUUCAAGCCUUCGAUGUGAGAUGUCAACGUCAUUAGUUUUGUUGCUAAUAAGACAGUGUAAUAAUUUUACCAAAUAUAUUUGAGAUGAAUGAUUUACGAAUUUUUAUAAUAUCAUGAAAACCUUGAUAUUUUGAGUUUAUUCCUUUAGGGUUAAAUAUUAACCCAAGUGUGUGAGAGAGAGGUGAAAAAAAUGAGUUCUACAUUUUCCACAAUGUGGAAUAAUUAAGUAGUUAUAAACUAUUGAUAAGUUCAGUGUAAAAGUGUCAGGCACAGUAAUACCUAGUUUCACUCGGGUAUACAUUAAUUCAGGAAGAAUAAUUAACUAUGCUUUUAAGUGACAAUCUGAAUGUGUCUAGAGUUGUUACUAAUAAUAACUGAAAUGAGGGCUAUUAGCACUUUGAUACAAUGUAAUAAUAUCAGGUUUGCAUUAGCUGUGAGUCAUAACAGGAAUUAACUGCAUUUCAAGAAACAUGGCUAGUCCUUACAAUUAGAAACCCUUCAGUGGGACUUAACUUUCAACAGCUUACUCUUCUCCUUCAAACCACAGGCCAAAGCAUAAAUUCCAUUAGAUUAUUUUCAAAUAGUUUCCACAUUGCUUGAAGCAAAACAAUGGUAUUUUAAGGUCAUUAUAUAAGUAGGAAAGUAUUCAUUUAUAAUCCUUUCUAUUACUUUAUGCACAGAAGAAAACAACAUAAACAUGAAAAUCACUGUUAGUUCUCAAAGUUCAAAGGGAAUGCUUUUCUACACUCUUCUGCUAUUGAAAAGGGGGACAAAAGACUCCCCUACCUUGCCACGUAUUUCUAUUCUUUUAGAUUUUCUUUAUAGACUUUGGAGUUAGAAAAUCUAGUUUUUUUCAUGAAUAUGUUUUUAUUAUUGUAUCUAUGUAUGUAUCAGCAUGACAGUUGCUCAAUAAUUAUUUAUUUAAAAUAAUUAUAUCCUUAUGCUUGAUUGUACUGUGUCUUCAUGAAAAUCUUUUUUUUUUGUAUAAAAAAUGUGAUUAUAUGUCUCCCAGUGUGAAGGUUGAAUUAUGUAAUUUUUAAGUAAAAUGUCACUGAGAAGUUCAUAAUCACAUCCACAUUGUCCUGCUGUCCUAUGUGAAAAAUGAUGUUGUUGUUCAAUACAUAAAUUGGAUAUUUGCUCAUAAUUAUUGUCAAAUCUUUGCAGUUAAGGAUUGAAUUAACCCUGGUGCAGUACUUGAUGACCAAAAUAUUUUUCCAAUAAGUUUAUAUAACCAGGGAUAAUUAUGAUAUAAAAGAUUUUUAAUAUUAUUUCUAAGAGGAGGUACUAUAAUAAAAGUUAAUAUUAAACACAGAGAUAUUUCAUAAAAGUUAUACAAAACCACACAUUUAUAGAAGUAAAAAUCAAAGCUUUUGUCUGAGUCAGAAUUUUCCUCUGCUUGUGACUUAGAAUAAUAACCCCCUUAGUUUACAAAUGAUUAUUAUAGUCUGAAAAUGCAUGAGUUAGCUUUCUCUAAAAUAUUAAACUUUUAAACGAUACCUUUAGUUGACUAUUUUUUUUUGAGCCAGAUGGUUAUCAAGGACUUCAAACUAUAGUGUAAAUGAUUUAAAUGAUUCUUAAAACCAAUUCUUAGUCAGAACAUUUUAUUCUAUUUACAGGGGUAAGCAUUUGACUCCUAAGGUGGAACACCAUCAUAGAAGAAGGGGGAGGGAUGAUGGAAUAGGGGUGUUCCGGAGGAGAAACCAGAAAAGGGGAAAACAUUUGAAACGUAAACAAAUAAAAAAUUUAAAAAC